AUGGGACCAUUCAGCCUCAGCGUACUAGGAGCCGGGUACGGCUACGGUAUGAACGGCUUCAACGGUGGAUACGGCUUUAACGGCGGACAUGGCUUCAACGGUGGAUACGGCCUCAACGGUGGAUGCGGCUUCAACGGCGGGUACGGCUUGGACGGCGGCGGAUUCGGCGGAUUCGGUCUCCGCGGGCUGAGAGGCGGAUUCGGCGGAUUCGGUCUCCGCGGACUGGGAGCCGGGUACGGCCUCGGCGGUGGAUACCAGAAACAUUUCUCCGGAUACGGACUCGGCGGCGGACAGUUCGGUGGAUACAAGAAGCACUUCUCCGGAUACGGACUCGGCGGCGGACAGUUCGGUGGAUACAAGAAGCACUUCUCCAGCUACAGAUAUGGACAUUGA